AUGGAUACCAAAAAGCAUUCCGGGCUCGUCGGGUCGUUCCGUCGUAAAUUCAAGACGCUUUCGAGCAGAGCAUCGUCAAAGAGAAGCUCCAACACUUCUAUCGACUCCCUCAUUCCCCGGAGAUCUACGUCCACCAGUCUCUCAGAUCCCCCAAGUGUCGCCGAUCCUCCGGCUCAACCCAUAAAGCCUGUCACAUUGCCGCAGCUUGAGUUUCGCAAUGAUGAUAGCUUCAAGAUGUUUCAGACGCGAUACGGUCUUGACGAAAUCCUCACCGAUACAGCCGCGCCACCGCCCAUUCGGAAACCGGUCAGGAUCAUCAAGCGGCCAAGCGAGCACAGAAAAGAGCUUCCUCGGUCAGACAGUCCCAUACCCUGCCGAACCGAUGCCCCUUGCAAUGCUACUCCCACUUCGAUUCCCACGUCCAAAGACACGUGGCGCGUACCAAUUCAUUGGAUAGACAAGAUCCUCGAGACAUCUCUCCGAGUGCGGCGACCGGUUUUCAUCACGCUGAAGCAGUCGGAAGCGCCCGAAGAUCACCCAGCUAUCACGUUUGCAACGCCAGGCUACGACAGCGCCAAGCCUCACCAAGAGGAUAGUAUCUCGGUAGUAUCCCUGGGUAAAGCGAGCGUUGUGGACCAGUGGUCAGAGGAGUCGAUACUUACAGAUUCAGAGGACAAGGACAUGGCGCUGAGGCUCAGCUCCUAA